AGAUACGUAGCCAGCCAACGGGCGGCCCGUUGUCUGCCCAUGUUGUCCGCCGGGUGGAGUUUGGCUACAGUCCGCAAGACAAAGACACAAGUGAUAGAGCAGUGAAACCUUACAGUACCGGCUCUGGACUCAACGUGACUGAAGGUCUGUGUCACACGGAGCUGAAAACCCCCGGAUCUUCUAUCAGACAAGGGAACCACCUGCUGUGCCCACUCUGUUUUUGUUUCAUUGUUUACUUCUCUUUCACCGGCGGGAGGCUGUGCUCAAACAGAAAAGGACAUCUGCAGCAAGGAUCUGCCAUUAUAUCAUCACAGCUGCUCAGGAGACAUAAACUUACUCUUCCUGGAGUAGGAUUCAGUCGGAAUUCAGACACUCAUCAAGGCGACAAUAAUGAAAUUCAUUCAUAUUGCCCAAGUGGGCAAAACCAAGAUGGACACUAGUCAUUUUAUUGAUUCUUUAAGUGCGAGGAGAAGCUUCAUAUUAUAGUUAUCUUGAUGAAGACCUUUUUCUGACAAAAGACAAGGGCCACUUGGGGCCAGGAGGUGGAGGACUGUACCUCCUCUGCCAUCAGAUUAUAGCUGUUUAAUAGAUUUAGUUGCCCUCCUGACUUCAUGAUGGAGCUCUUCUUCAAUCCUUUUGAUAACUUGCUAUGUAUCCUUCUGGGAAUCUCCUUCACUGUGUGGUUCACCCUGCUGCUGGUCUUCAUCAUCGUGCCUGCCAUCUUUGGGGUGUCCUUUGGCAUCCGGCGUAUUUACAUGAAAACUUUGUUAAAGAUCUUUGAGUGGGCCACUCUACGGAUCGAGAGAGGAGCAAAAGAAAAGAAUCAUCCCCUGUACAAACCUUACUCUAAUGCCAUCAUUGCCAAGGAGCCCACCUCGCUGGAGGAGGAGAUCAAGGAGAUCCGGCGGAGCGGCAGCAACAGAGACCUUGACUCAGCCUCUGAGUUUGAGAUGUCCGACAUCUUCUAUUUUGCUCGGAGAGGAGUGGAGAGUAUCAUGGACGAUGAGGUGACCAAGAGGUUUUCUGCUGAGGAGCUGGAGUCCUGGAAUCUGCUGACUCGCAGCAACAACAACUUCCACUACAUCAGCCUGAGGCUGACCAUCCUAUGGGGGCUUGGCCUACUGAUCCGCUAUGGCUUCCUGCUGCCUCUCAGGGUAACUCUUGCCUUCACCGGUGUAGGACUCCUUGUGUUCCUCACCUCUGUUGUUGGACUGCUGCCAAGUGGAAGGAUGAAAAACCUACUGAGUGAGAAAGUCCAUUUGAUGUGCUACAGAAUAUGUGUCAGAGCUUUGACUGCCAUUAUAACCUACCAUGACAGUGAAAACAAACCUAAGAAUGGAGGAAUCUGUGUUGCCAACCAUACCUCUCCUAUCGAUGUCAUCAUCUUGGCCAGUGAUGGCUGCUAUGCAAUGGUUGGUCAAAUUCAUGGUGGCUUGAUGGGGGUCAUUCAGAGGUCCAUGGUCAAGGCUUGUCCACAUGUGUGGUUCGAGCGCUCUGAAGUCAAAGACAGACACCUAGUGGCCAAAAGGUUAAGUGACCAUGUAGAGGAUAAAUCUAAACUUCCCAUUCUUAUUUUUCCUGAAGGUACCUGCAUUAACAACACAUCAGUGAUGAUGUUUAAAAAAGGGAGCUUUGAGAUUGGUGCUACAGUCUACCCUGUGGCCAUUAAGUAUGAUCCUCGAUUUGGAGAUGCUUUCUGGAACAGCAGCAAGUAUGGCAUGGUCAACUACCUGUUACGAAUGAUGAGCAGCUGGGCCAUCGUCUGCAGUGUGUGGUACCUCCCUCCAAUGUCCAGAGAGGAGGGCGAGGACGCUGUACAGUUUGCAAACCGCGUAAAGGCAGCGAUAGCCAGACAAGGUGGACUUGUCGACCUCUUGUGGGAUGGAGGACUGAAGCGAGGAAAGGUAAAAGAUACCUUUAAAGAAGAGCAGCAGAAGCUAUACAGUAAAAUGCUGGUGGGCACCCAAGAGGACCGCAGUCGUUCCUGAAGGGACUUUUUGGAAAAGUGGACUGUCACAGAGAUGCACUUGGACACUUACUAAAAGAGCAGUCUGUAGAGCUUGUGUCUACUGGAGCCCUCUGACUGGAAAUUCCCUCUCUGAUGUCAACAGCUCUCCAUUAAGCUUCCUCGGUCGCUGCCUCAGCUUGGCAUGUUCAGUUGUCAUUGCUGUUACGGGUCAUUCUGAGUCUGCCGCCCUUUGUUGGUAAAGCUAAACUGAAACUGACGCCUUGCUUACAUUACAAUAGAAGUAAGGAGCGCACGGAAACGGAGCAUCGUCUUCCUUGGUGGCAGUCUUUUUUUCUGUAUUGAGGGAAACUUUUAUUAUCUAUCAUUGAGUUCUUUGUUUGAUAGUUUCAACUCUAAAAUUUUAAUUUGACUUUUAUGUUUGUAUCACACUGCGUUAAAGUUUCAGACCAGUUAUUCUGUAUAACUGGAAGAGUUAUGUAGAUAAAGAACUAGUUUGUUUUCAAGCUAAAACCUGUGACUGAGUUGGGGUUUUUGCACGACUGGCGCAUGCCCAUGAUUAAGGGCACAUUGCCAGAUUUUGUUACAUUUCAAAUAUUUUUAUGGGCUUUUUCCAAGAGAAGAAUAUCUUGUAUUUUAAGCUUUGUGUUUAAUGUUGGAACUUUUAUCAACCCAUGCGGUCACUAUUGGAAUAAGUGAGCCGAUGAGCUCUGAUAUGAUGUGCCCUUCUGUUUUUCCACUGAAUGUGAAAAGCCUCAUAUUAUGAAGUGGAAAUUGUGCACACACAGGAUUGAGGCGGAUUUCCUGUUUGAGCUCAUAAUGCAGCAUAAUGGCAGUAAAAGGGUUUGUAGUCCAAUCAUUAAGAAUUUAUUUGGGAUGCUUUUAGCUCUGUCCCUUAAAGGCCCACAAAACUGAGAUAGUGAUGCAGGAUAACAGCCAUUGCAGUCUAUCUCCUAUCAAAACAUUACUAUUAACAGUUAUCUGGUUAAUAUUCAUACUAAUACACUCCUAACAGGCAUAAAUUUUAUAAACUCCCUGCUUGUGCAUUGAUCAUCUUGCCUAAUUUAUUUUAAAAAGAACUCUCAAAAGUUUUUGUCUUUACUUCCCCCAUCAUCAACAAUCUUUCUCAGACUUGGCAGUCUGUUCAAAGAGGAACAGAGUGCAGCUGUCGUUUCGUUUGUACUGUAGGCUGCAGCUGAGGAACGUGGUGCAGAGCCUCAGGGAGGAACCCCCAGGGCUUUCCUCCAUCCAGUCUGCUUUUAUCAGGGAUAGUCGUCUAGACUGUGUCAGAUCUGUUCAUCAAAAUAAAUGUUCAAGAAUGUGACUCUA